AUGUCCUCUAAAGUCACCGAUUCAGAUCUAGAGAACAAUAUGGCACAGCAAAGGAUUGCAUUCAAGGUGCAUGGCACUGUACAAGGCGUCGGGUUCCGCGACUUCACCCAAAAACGAGCCACCCAGUUCGAUCUGAAAGGCUGGGUAAAGAACACCAGCUGCGGAAGGGUCGAAGGAGAAGCCCAAGGCCCCGACGAGGCGAUCCAGAACCUGCUCAAGGAAAUCAACAACGGGCCGCGUCUAGCGCACGUAGUCAAAGUGGAGAAGAAGGGGAUUGCGCUGCAAGAAGGCGAGAGUCAAUUCGGGGUCAAACGGACUUCGGAGUCGGCGUUUGAUGCUACGACUUGA